CCGGCGGAAUCGGAGGCAGCGAGAGAAGGCGCCCGGCCCGCCCUUGGCCGCUUUCGGCGGGGAAUCACCGGGGACAGCCGCCACACCGAGCCCGGCCGCCGCCGCCGCCGCGCCAUGGCGAUCGCAAGGCAAGUGCUUUGUCUGUCUGCUUUGCUGUGGCUGCCGCCCGCUCGCGCCGAGCCCAUCCGCUACUCCGUAGCCGAGGAGGCGGAAAGCGGCUCCCUGGUAGGCGAGCUGGCGGAGGACGCGGGGCUGACGCCGGCGCAGCUCUCGGCUCGCCGCGCCCGCCUGGUGUCGGAGGACGGCCGGCAGCAUUUUGCCUUAGAGCGCGGCUCCGGCCGCCUGCUCGUGGCGGGGAGGCUGGACCGAGAGGAGCUGUGCGGCCAGUCCGCCACCUGCAUGCUCCCCUUCGAGCUGCUGCUCUCCAGCCCCCUGCAGUUCUUUCGGGUCGAGGUGGCUCUGGAGGAUAUCAAUGACCAUUCGCCUGUUUUCCCCGAGGAACGAGUGACUUUUGACAUCCCUGAAAUGAGCGACCAGGGUUCGCGUUUCCCGUUGGAGGUGGCUCAGGACCUCGAUAUUGGCAGCAACACAGUCCAGACAUACAGCAUCUCUCCAGAGAACGAAUAUUUUAGUGUCUCCUAUGGAAGCCGGAGUGAGGAUGACAAAUACCUUGAACUUGUUUUGGAGAAGCCACUAGACAGAGAGGAGCUGGCAGAGAUGAGUUUCAGUGUUAUUGCUGUUGAUGGGGGCUCUCCUCCCAGGACUGGGACAACUGAAGUGGAAAUUGUCAUUCUAGAUGCAAAUGACAAUGCUCCCAUAUUCACACAGGAGCGUUUUUUUGGAAAAGUCCUGGAGAACAUGCCAGAAGGGUCUGUAGUGCUGACUGUGCUGGCAAGAGAUCAGGAUGCAGGAGUUUAUGGGGAAAUUUCCUAUCAAUUCAGCCAAGCAAUGGGACACAGCAGUUCAGCAUUUGUGAUUGAUCCCAUAACUGGUGAAAUUAAACUCACAAAACCUCUGGACUUCGAGGAAGCAGACACUUACGAACUGCGUGUAAGAGCCAGAGAUGGUGGGGGACUCUCAGCAAUCUGCAAAGUGCUUGUGGAGGUGGUGGAUGUGAAUGACAAUGCCCCAGAGGUGGUGGUCAGCUCCUUCAGCAGUCCCCUCCCUGAGAACACAGCGCCCGGCACGGUGGUUGCCCUGUUUACGGUCAGGGACCGGGAUUCUGGGGCCAACGGGAAGAUCUCGUGUGGCCUCGAGGAUCAGCUCUUCUUCUCGCUGCGGCCAGCCUAUAAGAAUUACUAUGAGCUGGUGACAGUGAGCGCGCUGGACCGCGAGGAAACGGCUCGCUACAUCCUCAGGGUGACGGCAGCAGACGCGGGGUCGCCUCCUCUGACGAGCACGCAGACCUUCACCGUGGACAUCUCGGAUGUCAAUGACAACGCCCCCGUCUUCAACCAGACGUCGUACACCAUGUACGUGCGUGAGAACAACGUGCCCACGGUGUUUGUUGGAGCCGUCAGCGCUGCCGACGCUGACGUGGGGCUCAAUGGCAAGGUGAGCUAUUCCCUGGCAGCGGUGCAAGCGGCAGAGGGGCCUUGGUGCUCGUGCGUGUCUGUGAACUCUGAGAACGGGCACAUGUUUGUGCUGCGGCCCCUGGACUACGAGCGCUUGAGGCAGACGGAGGUGACGGUCAGUGCCUCUGACGCGGGCUCUCCUCCCCUCAGAGCCAACGUCAGCGUCCGCCUCGUGGUGCUGGAUGAGAACGACAACGCCCCGCUGGUGCUGUACCCAGGCCAGGAGAGCAGCCCAGCGUCCAGUGAGCUGGUGCCCGUGUCGGCUGAGGCGGGCUACCUGAUCACCAAAGUGGUGGCCGUGGAUGCCGACUCCGGGAAGAACUCGUGGCUCUCGUACCACCUGCUGAGGGCCAGCGAGCCAGGGCUGUUCACGGUGGGUGUCCACAGCGGGGAGGUGCGUCUGAGGAGGCCGGUGACGGAGAGAGACAGCGUGAGGCAGAAGCUCCUUGUCCUGGUCAGAGACAACGGCAAGCCGCCCCUGUCGGCCACGGCAGCUGUGAGCGCGCUCCUGCUCAAGGACUUGUCAGACGUGCGCCUCCCCGGGCACGGCAGCCCGGCCCCAGAGGAUCAGGGUGGCUCCCUGACCACCUAUUUAAUCAUUGCCCUGGUGUGUGUCUCCCUGCUCUUCCUCGUCUCCACCGCACUCUUUGUGGCUCGCAAGGUGUGCAAGAGAAAGGAGCUGAAGGCUGGCCAUGUGCUUUAUGGUGCCGACAACUUGCAGAGCGGCCUGGCCGAUGGGGCCGCUGCAGGGAGCCUGCCCCGCGCCUAUUGCUACGAGAUCAGCCUCACAACGGGCUCGGGCAACAGCGAGUUCAAAUUCCUCAAGCCCAUCCUCCCCAGCCUGCCACCACAGCACUGUGCCGUGGGCCAGGGCCCGGAGGAUGAACAGCAUUUCCCCUGUGUCCCUGUCAGCACCGAGGACACGGCACCAGACAAUCCUGGCACUCUCUCUGCAGGACACUUCAAUUCUCUUUCCUUCAACUACAUAGGGCUUUUUCUUGCUGGGGAUUUGGAGGUCUCUGUCUAUGUGGGCUUUGUGUUUUAUGCUUUCCUCUCACUUUGGACUCUCGGUCCGGGGCGAGCGGCAGCGCGGGCUGCGGGCGGCGGCGGGCGCAGUUCCAGCGCGCACCGCUGGGUGGUGCCCUCGGCCAAGGCGGCGCCGAGCGGCUGCGGCAGCGGAGGCGGCCGAGCCCGGCCCGGCCCAGCCCAGCGCAGCUCGGCUCAGCGCAGCGCAGCUGAGCCCGAGCGAGCUGAGAUCAGCGCAGCGCAGCCGGCCGGAGGUGGCAGCGGCUGCGGUGGCGAGCGCUGCCCCGUGUCAGCCGCUGCCGGCACCCGCCGGCUGUGUCAGGCGCCGCCGGCGGAAUCGGAGGCAGCGAGAGAAGGCGCCCGGCCCGCCCUUGGCCGCUUUCGGCGGGGAAUCACCGGGGACAGCCGCCACACCGAGCCCGGCCGCCGCCGCCGCCGCCGCCGCCGCGCCAUGGCGAUCGCAAGGCAAGUGCUUUGUCUGUCUGCUUUGCUGUGGCUGCCGCCCGCUCGCGCCGAGCCCAUCCGCUACUCCGUAGCCGAGGAGGCGGAAAGCGGCUCCCUGGUAGGCGAGCUGGCGGAGGACGCGGGGCUGACGCCGGCGCAGCUCUCGGCUCGCCGCGCCCGCCUGGUGUCGGAGGACGGCCGGCAGCAUUUUGCCUUAGAGCGCGGCUCCGGCCGCCUGCUCGUGGCGGGGAGGCUGGACCGGGAGGAGCUGUGCGGCCAGUCCGCCACCUGCACGCUCCCCUUCGAGCUGCUGCUCUCCAACCCGCUGCAGUUCUUUCGGGUCGAGGUGGCUCUGGCGGAUAUCAAUGACCAUUCACCUCUUUUCCCCGAGAAACGAGUCCUUUUUAAGAUUCCGGAGACAAGCGAGCCAGGUUCUCAUCUCCCACUAGAGGUGGCUCGGGACCUCGAUAUUGGCAGCAACACAGUCCAGGCAUACAGCAUCUCUCCCGAGAACCAAUAUUUUAGUGUCUCCUAUGGAACUCGAAUUACGGGAAAGAAGUAUCUUGAACUUGUUUUGGAGAAGCCUCUAGACAGAGAGGAGCAGGCAGAGAUGAGUUUCAGUCUCAUUGCUGUUGAUGGUGGGUCUCCUCCCAGGACUGGGACAACCGAAGUGAAAAUUUUCAUUCUAGAUAUAAAUGACAAUCCUCCCAUCUUCACACAGGAGGUUUACAUUGGGAAGGUUCUGGAGAAUAUGCCAGAAGGCUCUGUGGUUCUGACCGUGUUAGCUACUGAUCAGGAUGCCGGAGUAAAUGGGGAAAUUUCCUACCAACUCAGUGAAGCUGCAGAGCAGAGUGACUCGAUAUUUGUGAUUGACCCUCUAAGUGGUGAAAUUAAACUGACAAAACCUCUGGACUUUGAGGUGGCACAAAGUCACGAACUAAGUGUGACAGCCAGAGAUGGUGGAGGGUUCUCAGCCAUCUGCAAAGUGUUGGUGGAGGUGGUGGAUGUGAAUGACAAUGCCCCAGAGGUGGUGGUCAGCUCCUUCAGCAGUCCCCUCCCCGAGAACACAGCGCCCGGCACGGUGGUUGCCCUGUUUACGGUCAGGGACCGGGAUUCUGGGGCCAACGGGAAGAUCUCGUGUGGCCUCGAGGAUCAGCUCUUCUUCUCGCUGCGGCCAGCCUAUAAGAAUUACUAUGAGCUGGUGACAGUGAGCGCGCUGGACCGCGAGGAGACGGCUCGCUACAUCCUCAGGGUGACGGCAGCAGACGCGGGGUCGCCUCCUCUGACGAGCACGCAGACCUUCACCGUGGACAUCUCGGAUGUCAACGACAACGCCCCCGUCUUCAACCAGACGUCGUACACCAUGUACGUGCGUGAGAACAACGUGCCCACGGUAUUUGUUGGAGCCGUCAGCGCUGCCGAUGCUGACGUGGGGCUCAAUGGCAAGGUGAGCUAUUCCCUGGCAGCGGUGCAAGCGGCAGAGGGGCCUUGGUGCUCGUGCGUGUCUGUGAACUCUGAGAACGGGCACGUGUUUGUGCUGCGGCCCCUGGACUACGAGCGCUUGAGGCAGACGGAGGUGACGGUCAGUGCCUCUGACGCGGGCUCUCCUCCCCUCAGAGCCAACGUCAGCGUCCGCCUCGUGGUGCUGGACGAGAACGACAACGCCCCGCUGGUGCUGUACCCAGGCCAGGAGAGCAGCCCAGCGUCCAGUGAGCUGGUGCCCGUGUCGGCUGAGGCGGGCUACCUGAUCACCAAAGUGGUGGCCGUGGAUGCCGACUCCGGGCAGAACUCGUGGCUCUCGUACCACCUGCUGAGGGCCAGCGAGCCAGGGCUGUUCACGGUGGGUGUCCACAGCGGGGAGGUGCGUCUGAGGAGGCCGGUGACGGAGAGAGACAGCGUGAGGCAGAAGCUCCUUGUCCUGGUCAGAGACAACGGCAAGCCGCCCCUGUCGGCCACGGCAGCUGUGAGCGCGCUCCUGCUCAAGGACUUGUCAGACGUGCGCCUCCCCGGGCACGGCAGCCCGGCCCCAGAGGAUCAGGGUGGCUCCCUGACCACCUAUUUAAUCAUUGCCCUGGUGUGUGUCUCCCUGCUCUUCCUCGUCUCCACCGCACUCUUUGUGGCUCGCAAGGUGUGCAAGAGAAAGGAGCUGAAGGCUGGCCAUGUGCUUUAUGGUGCCGACAACUUGCAGAGCGGCCUGGGUGAUGGGGCCGCUGCAGGGAGCCUGCCCCGCGCCUAUUGCUACGAGAUCAGCCUCACAACGGGCUCGGGCAACAGCGAGUUCAAAUUCCUCAAGCCCAUCCUCCCCAGCCUGCCACCACAGCACUGUGCCGUGGGCCAGGGCCCGGAGGAUGAACAGCAUUUCCCCUGUGUCCCUGUCAGCACCGAGGACACGGCACCAGACAAUCCUGGCACUCUCUCUGCAGGACACUUCAAUUCUCUUUCCUUCAACUAGCUGGG